AUGUCCGAUUCCGCAGCAGCAACAGCAGCAGCCUCCACCGCUGCCGCCGCAUCCUCUAUUCAGCCAUCUUCCACUCAGGCAUCCAGCACCACAGCAGCGGCAUCCUCAACUGCGGCAGCAUCUUCGACGGCAGCAGCAUCAUCUACCCUCACCACCUCAACCACCUCUGCAUCAUCAUCAUCAUCAUCAUCAUCAUCAUCAUCAUCUUCUUCUUCUUCUUCUUCUUCCUCCGCCUCUUCCACUUCCAAUACAUCCGCCUCCAGCACCUCCUCCUCAACAUCCUCGGCAUCAGCCUCCAGCGCCGCCGCCCAUGCAGCCAACAAGAAAAUCCCCAUCGUCGCCGGCACCCUCGUCGGCCUCUUCGUCCUCGUCAUGCUCCUCGCCGGCGCCGCAGUCUGGCUCCGCAAGCGGCGCCACGCCCGCAAGAACGCCCUACUUCCAACCAGCAAGUCGGCGCACAUGAGGAGCAUCUCGACGUCCAAGUCGCCCAUCGCCGGCCUCUACGUCCCCGUCGCCCAAGGCGAGCAAUCGCCCCCGGCAUACCCUCGCGCCGAGCCCGAGACCACAGAGGCAGCAGCGGCGCCGGCAACCACGGAAGGAACGACGACGACGACGGCUGACGCGGCCGCCACGGCCGUGCCCUCCACCACCACGCCCGCCAUCACGACGACCAACGCCGACGCGCCAGCGCCGGCGCCACCGGCCCGUGCUUUCUCGAGCAGCACGCGCGGCUCGAACGGCAGCGCGCCGGAAUCGGACUCGACGGACCUGGCGGCCUUCACCAUCAUCACGCCGCCGUCCCAGCACUCGCGCAACACGAGCACGAGCACGCUGCCCGCGACGCUCACUGUCGGCAGCGGGAGCAACACGCCGACGCCGACGGCCACGGCCGCAAACAGCUACACCAACCUGCUGGGCACGGUGUCGUCGUCGACGACGUCGCUGCCGCCAUCGGCUUCAGCAGCAGCGGCAGCACCAGGCAUGCACGCGCGCACCGUCAGCGCCGGCAGCGUCACCAGCCUCGGCAGCGCCGGAAGUAACAACAAUAACAACGACCGCCGCCGCACCUCGCAGCUCUACGUGCCCUUCACGCCGUCGUCGCGCCGCCUCUCCGCCACGAACCUGACCCUAAUCCCGCUGCAAGUAGCGGCGCCGCCCGCGGCCUCGGCCCCCUCGCAGGCCGCAAGCCUGCACCAAGCGUCAUCAACCUCCUCUUCGGCCGCCGCCUCGCCGCCCGUGUCCGCGCCCCCCAGCGAGGCCGGCACCACGACGACCGGCUCGGCCGACGACGCCGACCUCCCGGCCCCGCUGCGCGUCGCUGCCGCCAACAGCAGUCGCCGCUCGCGCGUCAGCUCCGUCAGCACGCUCAUGGCGGGCGGGAGCAGCGUUGGCCGCAGUAGGAGCAGCACCGGCCCCUCGCUCAAUAGGUACUAUGCUGGCGGGCAGGCGCCGGAAGACGGCAACGCGGGCGCGGGCGCGGCCGCUGCUGCGCCUGGCUCCGGGGCCCCCGACGAGGCGCCCCUGUAUGGGAGUACGAGUAGCAGGAAGAGCAUCUUCCGGAGGAGCUUUGGGGGUGUCAGCCCCAAGUAA